GUCAACCACUGAGACAAUGAUGGCAUAGGAAAGAUCCGCUCUUCAACUUCACUUUUACAACAAUAUCAAGUACCUAUCAUGUCUUCCUCAACAGGGACGGGCUGGGCGCAACUACGCCAACAAGCAAGAACACUAGAGACCCAAACCGAAUCUCUCUUCCACACCUACUCACAAUUUGCACAAAUCAGCAACAUUCCUCCCUCACCAACCGAAGAACAAAAGCAAACCGAAUCCAAAAUCAACGAGCUCUUCGAAAAGCGCGAAACCCUCAUAAACCAACUCACCCGCCUCCUCGAUUCCGAAAGCACCCUCACCGCCUCAGCCCUCAAGCAAAACAACCUCUCCCGCCACCGCGAAGUCCUCCAGAACGACCGCCGCGAAUUCAACUCCCUAAAAUCCACGCUCCAGUCCGCCCGCCAGCGCGCCAACCUCCUCACAAACGUCCGCUCAGACAUCGACGCUUACCAUGCCUCCUCUCCUUCCGCGGAGGCGGACUACAUGCUCGGCGAGCGCAACCGCAUCGAGAACUCGCAUAAUAUGGCGGAUAGCGUUUUGAGCCAGGCGUAUGCUGUUAAUGAGCAGUUUGGGUUGCAGCGCGAGACGUUGGCGGGGAUUCAGCGCAGGAUUCAGGGAGCGGCGGCGCAGGUGCCGGGGCUGAAUAGCUUGAUUAAUCGAAUUAGUGCGAAGAAGCGGAGGGAUAUGAUGAUUUUGGGGACGUUUAUUGGAGUGGUGUGCUUGUUGUUUUUGUACUUCCUGUGAGCCAGCGAAUUUGGGAUGGGAUGGGGAGUCAGUUGCUGGCGGCUGUCAACGGUUUGAAGGCAUGAACUGGUAUACCCUACUCAAGUGGGCUGAGAGGUGAGGCUAGGUUGUACAUGGUGGCGAGGUCGGAGAUAGACAUUGGCGGAGGCAGUGUAUGUGAUGGGUCACAAGACGGAUGGCUGUGUCAGAUAGACAUGGGAAGCGGAACUUUGUUAAUUACUGUCGUUAUACCGUGCUGCUUAAAGGCCGGGACACGCAAGCGCUUAUGUAUCUUUGUGGAGCAGGAGUUAGAAGCGGGUUUGUAAUUGUACACGAGGGUAUUAUUUGACAAUAUCAUACAACAGCGGCAGCCACUGGCUUUCCACCUUCAAUCAAAUCCUCAGAUCG